AUGUCGCACAUAGACUCUCAUUUGACACAGUGGACAAGUGGAGACGUGAUGAAGAAUGAAGAUGGUACGGUUUUCGCUGGAAGAGUAUCGGUUAAAAAAAUGAUGAAGUCGCGUGUAAAAAGUGGAAGGAAAGGAAAGAAGUGA